ACACGGUAUUCACCUCCCAGAGCUCCAACAGGAUGGAGGUCCUGCGCGCCGCUGCUGUUUCUUCCUGAGCUUCAGCCAACUGAGAGAAAGUUUGCAGUUUUUUUGUGUUUUUUUUCCCCCUGCGUUUUUAUCACCGUUUUCUAUCCGGACAAAAAUAUUCUCCAAAUUUUCCUCUCCUUACUUUUUUUUUUAUUUCUUUCACCAAACAUCGCUGGAGCGUCUUGUCUUUUCAGAAGAGGAAGGCUUCCAGGGAUGGAGUCGAUGCCCGGACAUCUUGGAGACGCGGGACGAGACGCCAGCUCUUCCCCGAGUUUGAAGCAAGACGCUCCGAGCUUUUCCAGCCCCAACUCCCUCAAACCGAACCAAGUGAGUGAGACCUCCCUGUACGGGGUGCCCAUCGUGUCUCUGGUCAUAGAUGGGAAGGAGAGACUCUGCCUUGCACAGAUUUCCAACACCCUUCUGAAAAACUACAGCUACAACGAGAUCCACAACCGCCGGGUGGCUCUGGGCAUCACCUGCGUGCAGUGCACGCCCGUCCAGCUGGAGCUCCUGAGGCGCGCAGGGGCCAUGCCCAUCUCAUCCAGGCGCUGCGGGAUGAUCACCAAACGGGAGGCCGAGCGCCUCUGCAAGUCCUUCCUAGGAGCGCACAGCCCUCCGAAGCUGCCAGAGAAUUUCGCCUUUGACGUGUCCCAUGAAUGCGCCUGGGGCUGCAGAGGCAGCUUCAUCCCCGCCAGAUACAACAGCUCCAGGGCCAAGUGCAUCAAAUGCAGCUUUUGCAACAUGUAUUUCUCCCCGAAUAAGUUUAUUUUUCACUCUCAUCGCACUCCAGAGUCCAAGUACCUGCAGCCGGACGCGGCUAACUUCAAUUCGUGGAGAAGGCACCUGAAACUGACGGACAAGAAACAGUCUGAGGAUAUAAACCACGCGUGGGAGGAUGUUAAGGCCAUGUUCAACGGGGGGAGCAGAAAGAGGACUCUUCCCAUGAGCGGGUCGGGAAUGUCUUCAUCGUUGAAGUCGCAGACCUCCUCCAGUUUGGCUCCAACUAGUUCCCCUGAGAUCCCUCACAAAACUUUACGGUGCGACGAGGAGCAGGGAAGCAAUAACUUAAGUUUGGCUGGAGGCGCACGGAGCUACCCGGUCAUCCCUGUGCCCAGCAAGAGCUUUGGCAUGCUGCAGAAGAUCCCCCCACCCCUAUUCCCCCAUCACCCCUAUGGUUUCCCCAGCUAUGGGCUGUGUCAGAAAAAGAGCGACGCAGUGACUGAUGGGAACAAAUCCGCGGUUCCGGGUGUGUUCUGGCCCGGAGCCAAGGACUCCCUCUACCCCGCUUUCCCCAUGUUCUGGCCCACAGCAGGAGGCCUGCCCAUGCCACCCUACCCGGGCGCCCCACCUAAACCUCCAACUGAGCGUCCGGGUGUCCGGCAAACUGAGUUGGACCUUUCUGACCAAAGCGAUCGGGGCGCAAACACACCCAAAGACACAACCCCGCAUCCUCACCAUGAGCGCAGCCCGAGCUCCCAGUCCUCCUCCACCAGAAACGACGAGGACAGAUCCGGAGACGAGGCCUCUCAGAGGAAGAUCAGCUACAUCUCAGCCUUCAGACCCGUGGUCAAAGACGCGGAAACGAUCGCCAAACUCUACGGCAACCGGGACGGGUUCGGCGCGCGUCCCGGCUACCUGUCCCCGGAUUUCAUCAGCGAGAGCUCCAGCUACAGAUCGGCGUCCCCGGACAGGGACAGCGUAGUGGACGAUGAGGACGACGAUCCAGACGUGGACGUGGAAUCCAACCGGGGUCCGGAGGAAGAGGAGUCCAUCCGGAUCUCACCGGGUGGGGAUGUCCGAGGCUCCCCUGCGCAGGAGCGGCUCUGCGCUGCAGCCGAGGAGGGCCAGCAGCGGCCUGACGGCUCCAUCAGCCCGGGGGCGGCUGGGGUGUCACCGCAGGCCUCAUCGGAUGAGGAGCGACAGAUGCGUAACAGCUCCCCUCCUCAUGAGGUGUUCCCUCAUGAAAGGGACGCACCGAUGCUCCUCCUGAACGACCGUCCUUCCUUCAGCUCCAAACCACCCAACAGACCCAGCGGUAUCCAUCACAUGGCUGAAGCGCAAACACAGCAUGGCGCAACUUCCUAUUCAGAGAAGGACAGACAAGGUGAUGGAGCUUUACGCAUCGACAUCAGUGUGCAUGAAAGAGAUCUGGAGAAUAUGGCCAAAGAGGAGUUGCAGAAGCAGCUGGUGGAGCAAGUGGAGCUGAGGAAGAAGUUGGAGAGAGAAUUUCAGCAUCUGAAAGAUAAUUUCCAGGAUCAAAUGAAGCGUGAGCUGUCCUACAGAGAGGAAAUGGUCCAGCAGUUGCAGAUUGUUCGAGACACUUUGAGCAGCGAGUUGGACCAAGAGAGAAAGGCUCGUUAUGCAAUACAGCAGAAACUAAAAGAAGCUCACGACGCCCUUCACCAUUUCUCCUGCAAGAUGCUCACUCCUCGUCAUUGCACUGGAGCCUGCACCUUCAAGUCUCCUCUGCUGCCCCCCUAGUGCCACUGUCCUACAGCUGACUGCAACCCAGCCUGAUAAAAAAAAAAAAAAAAAAAAAAAAAAAAAAAAACAUGUUUGAAGAUCCAACUUCGAGAACCUUCAAGUGUUCACCCCUUCCACCGAGGAUUCCUGCUGCAGCUGCUGGUGCCACUGCUCUGCAGAUACACCUCCAUUAAGGCUCUGGAGGAGAUGGAUUCUGCAGCAACCUCUCCUCCAAACAACUGGACUCUUGUGUUAAAGAGAUCAUGCUGUGAAUCAGAGGAUUGCUGAUGCAAAGCUGCAAAGCUAAAACCAAGGAGGUCGCUGAAUAAAAACUCUUUGCUCUUUCACUAUCUGAAGAGAAUAAUGCUACAUUAUUUAAAUAAAUAAAAAUAUAUAUAUCACAUGACAAUGUGCAAUGGCUUGUAAAAUUGUGAUUUUAAGUUCAACUCUCAUUUGUUAGUUUGGUUGCAUAUGUUUUUACAUGUAUUUAUAAUGUACCUUGGGUUUGUACACUGUGUAUGUCAUCAAGCACUUUAAAUGGGCAACAUUUUUAAAUUUGGACACCAAAUUUGCUCCUCCAGUUUGUUUGCGUGUGUUAUGAAUACAGCACAUAGUUAUGAGCACUUACUGCAGCCGCCCUUCGGGUUUUUCACUUCAGAUUAUGGAGGCGAAAGAAGCACCAUUAAAAGGAAAAGAAAAUGCACUGACUGCUGGUUACGAAUGUUUGCUUCUCAUUUUUCUGUUUUCUUUUUCUGUUUCCUCUCAGUAAACUGAACCAAAACCUCCUCUGUUUUCUUUUUAUACAGAGAAAAACAAUCUCAAGUAUGAAUUGUUUCCACUCUUUUCUUUUUUCUCCUGUUUAUCUCCUGUACAAAUCCAAAUAAAACCUGAAAAGCUC